GUGCCAUGAAAUAUGGCAUAUAUUGAAAGUAGUUAAGAAUCACAUUCAUUACAACUUUUUAUAAGAAGGAUUUGAUCUUAGCAUCAUCUCAUUUUCUUUUUGUCUUCAAUAAUAACACAGAGAUCACUGAGAGAGAUGGAAGCAUUAUGUGCAAUAUCUGCAUGCAUAAUUCUUCUGGUAACUCUUGUUUGGGCAUGGAAGAUGCUGAUUUGGUCAUGGUUGAAGCCAAAGAAGCUAGAAAGAGUGCUAAGAGAACAAGGUCUUAAAGGGAAUCCUUAUAGGUUUUUAGUUGGAGACAUGAAGGAGUAUUUAAAGAUGGAAAAGGAAGUCAGAUCCAAACCCUUGAAUCUCUCGGACGAUAUAGUGCCUCGUGUGUUUCCCUAUGGUCAUCAAAGUAUUACAAAACAUGGAAAAAGUUCUUUUGUAUGGUUUGGACCAACACCAAGGGUGACCAUCACAGAUCCUGAGUUAGUUAAAGAAAUUUUCAAUAAGAUCUAUGACUUCCAAAAGCCUAACUCGAAUCCUCUUGUGAGAAUACUAGCUACUGGUCUUAUAACCCAUGAGGGUGAAAAGUGGAGCAAGCAUAGAAAGAUAAUAAAUCCUGCAUUCCAUUUAGAAAAAUUGAAGAUGAUGUUACCAAUAUUCUUUAAAAGUUGCAAUGAUAUGAUUAGCAAAUGGGAGGGAAUGUUAUCAUUAGAUGGAUCAUGUGAAAUUGAUGUAUGGCCUUCCAUUCAAAAUUUGGCUAGUGAUGUUAUUGCUCGAACAGCAUUUGGAAGUAGUUAUGAAGAAGGAAUAAAAAUAUUUCAACUUCAAAAGGAGCAAGCUGAACUUACAUUGGAAAUUUUGAUGAAAGUUUACAUCCCUGGUUGGAGGUUUCUACCUACUACUACAAACAAAAGGUUGAAGGAAAUCAACAGGGAUAUAAUAGCUUCUUUGAAUGAUAUUAUUAACAAGAGAGAAAGAGAAAUAAAGGCAGGUGAAGCCACUAAGAAUGACUUAUUAGGUAUUCUUCUUGAGUCAAAUCACAAGGAAAUUAAAGAUAACAACAACAAUAAGAAUGUUGGAAUGAAUCUUGAUGAUGUAAUCAAGGAAUGCAAGCUAUUCUACCUUGCAGGGGAAGAAACCACUUCAGUUUUGCUUGUUUGGACAAUUGUAUUAUUGAGUAGGCACCCUAAUUGGCAAGCACGUGCAAGAGAGGAAGUGCUACAAGUUUUUGGCAACAAACAACCAGAUUUUGAAGGACUAAACCAUCUUAAGAUUAUGACCAUGAUUUUGUAUGAGGUUCUAAGGUUAUACCCACCAAUAACCGUGCUUCCUCGAGCCAUUCACAAAGACGUAAAAGUUGGAAACCUAACAUUACCUGCCGGAGUCCAGAUUACCUUACCAAUAGUUUGGAUUCACCACAACCAUGAACUAUGGGGUGAAGAUGCUAAGGUGUUCAAUCCUGAGAGAUUUGCAGAAGGAGUUUCAAAAGCAACAAAUGGUAGAAAUUCAUUUUUUCCAUUUGGAGGGGGUCCUAGAAUUUGUAUUGGACAAAACUUUUCCAUGUUGGAAGCAAAGAUGGCAAUAACAUUGAUUUUGCAGCAUUUCUCAUUUGAACUUUCUCCAACCUAUGCUCAUGCUCCAGCUUCAGUAAUUACCCUUGAGCCACAGCAUGGUGCUCAUAUCAUUUUGCGUAAAGUGGAAAUAUAAAAAAAUUAUGUUUGGUUCUAGCUGCUGGAAAACACAUUGUGUAAUAAUAAAAACCUCUUUGGAAUUUUUUUUUUUUUUUUUU